AUGUCGCUUAACACUGCAUAUGCAAGUACAAUACCAGCAGUAUUCAAAAUCGUGGAGAUGAUUAUUGAUCUUAUACUCAUCAUCCUGGUUGCUGUGUCUCCUGUAUAUACUAUUCCUGGAGCUGGAGGGUGGUUAUUUUUUGUAGCGAUUUUAACUAUGCUGGUUUCUCUGUUCUUCUAUCUUAUUCACCUUACAAAUGCAAUUUAUAAGUUCGCAGGUCCAAUGACACUUGUGGAAUUCAUUUGCAUAACAAUAUGUUCAGUCUUUCAUCUGAUUGCAAUGAUUGUCGCCGCAGCUACAGUAUCCGGAGUUCCAAGUGCUAUAGCGUCUGCUGUGUUUUUCGCUAUCAACUUUCUUAUUUACGGAGUAGAUGCCUUCUUCUUAUUCGCUUUGUAUCGAGUCAACGGUGCUUAUCUUCAGGAGCAGACAAAUCCAAAUCCACAAGUAAAUAGUAAAGCUCGACCACCUCCGACAACAUAUGAUAAUACAGCAUUCACUAAUCAAUAG